AGGGCAUCGCUUAAUACAUCUACGUUGUUCAAACGAUCCCGUCCCGCGAAAUCACCUUCACUUGGCCCAGCAUUCAACUUUAAAACAUCAACUAUUACUCUCACCUAACCUGGACCACUAAUUCUGGACGAUUAUUGAUUGCUGUAGGAAUUUUCGAUGAGAAGAAUCGUUGCAAAGAUUAUCUCUAAGAUUUUAUUAGCCAAGGAACAGGUGCGAUGGAGGCUAGCUAAUAAUUGUGUUAGGAAGGCAGAAUGGAUGUAUCGAGCUGCUUUGGUAUUUUUUUGCAUUUUGUGCGGGGUAGCAUGGUACCAACGCACUAUCAACAUGUGGAUGUUGAAGAAUAUUGGAGAUUCGUUGAUUACAAAGACUCUUGGAUCGCGAAACAUCAUACUUGGUGUCUUUCAUCGUCAGAAAAACGAACAAAAUGUCCCCGGCAACUACGUCGUAAUCCAUUUCCUGGCCGAUAGUCGACAAGAGCACUUUUUGUACUGUUUUUCCAAACAGCCAGACAAUCGAUAUUACUGGACACGGGCCAAAGUUCAACGCAUCAGUCGCGGCAAACGCGCCGCAUCGGACGUUUGUGCCUGGGCUGGACAUAUAGCCGAAUGUGAACUGGAAGUGCAUGCUUUCAAAGAAUUCAAACUGAGUUCAACCAAAGAAGUAGAAGACGCUAUGGUACUCACUCCUGAACAGCCAUUACGAGAACCCCGUCAUGAUCUCGUAGUAUGCAUGGCACCGAUGUAUAUCUACACCGAUUGGGAGAUCCUCCUUGUUGGUAUCGAAACAUGGCUUGCACUUGGGGCCACAAAAAUUAUCGUACCCAUACAGUCAGCUUCGACUACGACAUAUAAAAUUCUGAAAGAAUACGAAAAAAGAGGUCUGGUGAUAAUCCGCACAUGGCCAAAAUGGCCUAUCCUCUCUGAUACAAAUCCAAAUGGGCUGGUUCUGAGUAGAGGCAUAGAAGAAUCGCAUGUGAAUUGUCUGUUUUUCGCAAAACCGUUUGCAAACAUGAUAGCCUUCACAGAUGUUGACGAUAUGCUUCUACCCAGCGAUCCAUUGAAUAUAAGACCCAAUAUCAACGUGGACAUUCUCAAGGCACUAUUCGCAGAGCAUCCCCAAGCGGGAUCACUGCUUUUCGAGCACCGCGAUGUACAACUUCAGCUAAGGGAAACACCAACAACCCUUGCGAACUUCAACUUCAAUUUCCUUAUGGACUCCAAGCAGAAAAUGAAUUGUAAUGUCUGGAGAAUGAAAACACGAGUCGUAGUGAAUGCAAGCCGAGUUGACUCCGUGAAUAUGCAUGAAACAGGCUUACACCGCUUCUCUUAUGUACAGACACGAGUACCGUGUAGGCAGGCACAUUUCUAUCAUCUAAGGCAUAAUCAUCAUACUGUGCAAAAUUCUGUAGCCAUCAAUAUGGCAACUCUGGUUUCUAACUUGAACAGGCAAUGGUACAGGAGGCUCGAAUCUUUUGCGGAUUUCCGAGACGAGCCGCUUAACAAAUCUAGUACGGAGUCAUUCGAUGACUUCGACCGUUGUAUGAGUGCGAUAAACGAUGAGCACUGGACAUUACACGUGAGCCGAUGCUUGACUCCACAUGUGUGCUUCAGUCGGUUGUCACGUGAUGUCGACUGCGUCGCUGCACGAGCCGAAUACGAGUUCUUCCGUUCUGGUGCAAAUGGCUAUUUUUUGCAAGUGUCGAACGUUUCUAUAACAACAUCAGAUGCGAACUGUGAAGCACCUGUACCUCCUCUCGUCUCUGGAAAUCACUACUUUGCUCCAUAA